AUGGCUCCCGCCGCUACAGAAGACACGGGCCCGGCGCCCAUCCACCCGUCUAUCAAGGACUUUGCAAAGCCCCAGAAGCAGACGGUUCCCCUGCCGGAGACCGCGCGGAAGCGUCUGGAAAAGGGUGGAGUGGACCUGUCCAAGGGUUACCCUUACCAUCCCGGACGACCCCUGUACCUGCAGGACGUCUAUAAGAUCCGGGAUGUCGAGCGCGAAUAUGUGGAUGCCGGGGCCCGCGCGGACAAGUCCAAGAAGAGCCUCCUCUCCGCCGCCACCAAGGUGACAGACCUCACCGCCAAUAUUGGCACCGAGAUUGAGGGUCUGCAGCUUAAGGACCUGACCCCUACCCAGCGUGAUGAGCUCGCUCUCCUGAUUGCCGAGCGUAGCGUCGUCUUCUUCCGCGACCAGGACCUCAGCCCCAAGGACCAAUUGGAGCUCGGCAAGUGGUAUGGCGAGCCCGAGGUUCACCCCCAAGUAGCCCAGGUCCCCGGCUUCCCCGGUGUCUCCAUCAUCUGGCCCGACCUCCAGGCUACCGAGUUCCCCGCAAACUUCCGCAAGCCCGGCGGUGCCUCCCGCUGGCACAGCGAUCUCGUCCACGAGAGGCAGCCUGCCGGCAUCACUCACCUGCACAACGACACGGUGCCCCCCGUCGGCGGAGACACGCUCUGGGCGAGCGGUUAUUCGGCCUACGAGAAGCUGUCGCCCGAGUUCCGCAAGAUCAUCGACGGCCGCUAUGCCGUCUACCGCUCGGCGCACCCUUACAUCGACCGCGAGAAUCCUGAUGCGGGCCCCAAGUACAUUGAGAGGACGCACCCUCUUGUCCGCGUCCACCCAGCCACAGGAUGGAAGGCUCUCUGGGUCAACCGGGCCAUGACUGACAGGAUUGUCGGCCUAGACAAGGCUGAGAGCGACGUCAUCCUGAACUACCUGUACGACGUGUACGAGAAGAACGUCGAUAUCCAGGUCCGUUGGAAGUGGACACCCGGUACCUCUGCUCUCUGGGACAACAGGAUCACCAUCCACAACGCCAGCUGGGACUACGGAGGCAAGCACCCCCGCCACGGAACCAGAGUCACUUCGUUGGCCGAGAAGCCUUACUUUGACCCCAAGGCGCCCACAAGGAGGCAGGCGCUCGGGCUGCUGGACCAGUUCGAGAAGGAGGAGCUGAAGACCCAGGAAUGA